AUGUCCACUCGAUACCACCAAGCUGCUAAUGAUAGCUACCUUCAACUUCUGAAAGAGGCUACCAAGCGAGACCUGAAUCUUUCUGAUGAAGAUGGCAUGACUCCCACUAUCCUGGCAGCCUACCAUGGGAACUUGGAAGCCCUAGAAAUAAUCUGCAGCAGAGGGGGAGACCCCAAUAGGUGUGACAUCUGGGGAAAUACUCCUCUGCAUUACUCAGCCUCCAACGGCCAUAUCCACUGUGUGUCAUUCCUGGUCAACUUUGGAGCCAACAUCUUUGCCCUGGAUAAUGACUUACAGACUCCACUGGAUGCUGCUGCCAGCAGGGAGCAGAAUGAAUGUGUUGCUCUCCUGGAUAAAGCUGCCACAGCCCAGAACCUCACGAACCCCAAGAAGGUCGCCAGGCUGAAGGAGCAGGCUCAGAAGAAUGCCAGGAGGCAGAUCAAAGAGUGUGAGAGGCUCCAAGAGAAGCACCAGAGUAAGAUGGCCCGCACCUACAGCAAGGAUAGAUCAGGGACCCUUUCUUCUUCCAAGGGCACCUUCUCUAGGUCAUCCUCUCCAAGUGCUUCUGCUGCCAGCACUCUCGGGUCACUGUCUAAGAGCAUUAAAGAUACCUUCAAGAUAAAGUUCAAGAAGAACAAAGAUACAGCUGAGCAGGUGGGGAAGGAAGGCAGAAGUGGGCAGAGGAACGUGAUGGAAGUGUUCAGAGAGGAGGAGGAAGACGACUCAUUCUCGGGGGACUUCAAAGAGAGGCUCCAGUUCUCAGCAGAGGAGGACAGCGUCGUGCAGCAUGAAUCCAUUCUCAGCCGACCAGGUCUAGGAAGUAUUGUUUUUACAAUGGACAGCGUGACAAGUCCUGAGGAUAUUUCAGACAGCAAGGGGGAGUUGGGAUUUAAAAUGCCCAGUGAAUUGCUUCACAGGCAAGGAGUGGCAGAAGCUGAGGCUGAUGAGGAGGGAGAGCCAAACAGCCUUAAUGAUGAUCUGCCUUGGGAUGAGGAUGAAGUGGUGUGGGAGGAAGAUGGGGGUGAUGCCACUCCCCUGGAAGUAUUCUUGCAGUCACAUUACCUGGAAGAAUUCCUUCCCAUUUUCUUGAGAGAGCAGAUUGAUCUAGAAGCUCUGUUGCUUUGCUCUGAUGAGGACCUUCAGAGCAUACAAAUCCAGCUGGGUCCCAGGAAGAAAAUUCUGAAUGCCAUAAGCAGAAGGAAGCAGGUGCUACAACAGCCCGGGCAGCUGGUCGACACCAGCCUUUGAUGGGGAGUGUUGGGUGCACAGGGUGCUUGCAGCAUAGGAGUCAUGCUGUGGCCCAUGGGGAGCCCUCCAGGCAACACCCCUUCUCUACCCAAUGCCAGACCACUGGGAUGGUUUCUAGGGUUGUGGAGAUGCCCAACUAAGACAGAGGCCCAAAUUCUAUUCUGGGAUUCACUCCAUGGUCAUCCAAAUAAACCACCAGUGAGAAGCUGCUCAAGGAGACUGUGGAAGGGAAAAUGGUGCUUCUCUUCAAUGAUCUUUUUGAUAUUUUUGAAUAAAGAAAGAAACAAGUGAAUGACAGAAAGGGGAAAGAAACUCUAUUUUUCUAACUCUGGACUUAAAAUUAUGAUCUCUCAUCAUGCUAGCCUGUUGCUUAUUUUCUGACCCACGUAGCCUGGGGAUUCUAACUCUGGUUCUGUCCUUAGCUCUAUGACUGUGCCUUUUGGUGGAGAAUAAAGUUCCUCAUUAGCCUGAGGCUGGAUGCCCAACUAAAUGCAUCUCACCCUUUAGCAGAUGUUUACAAGUAAUGGGAAUGGGACCAUGUCUGCCUGAGGACAGAGACAGAGGAGCAGGUAGAGGGAGCAAAGAAAUAGAAUAUAGAGUACCUGUUAUGGAAUGAAUCAUGGCAACCCCAA